AUGAUCAUAUCAGGUCAUUGGCAUAAGGCUAACUUAUUUAUAUGUGACGAUUGUUUGUCGAGACUGAAUGAAGAUGGAGAUCACUGGCCAUUGACGAGACGUGAUUUAACUCCUGAGGAAGACAUCAUCAAAAUUGAGACGGAUGAGAGAAGUACUUUGGUCGAAAUAAUGGUGCCAACAUGUAGCUACAGGAUGGGGGAGCCAAACAUGGGUUAUGGAGUUCUUAUUAUCAACUUAGGGCCAUAUCAUGUUGAAACAUUGGUUCUCAUAUGUUCAUCUUUCCCCAUCCAACUCUCUCUCUCCAGCUCAGUCUGUUCAUUUCUCUCUCUCCAGCUCAGUCUGUUCAUUUCUCUCUCUCCAGCUCAGUCUGUUCAUUUCUCUCUCUCCAGCUCAGUCUGUUCAUUUCUCUCUCUCCUGUUCAUCUAUCUCAGUCAGUCUGUUCAUUCUCUCUCCAGCUCAGUCUGUUCAUUUCUCUCUCUCCAGCUCAGUCUGUUCAUUUCUCUCUCUCCAGCUCAGUCUGUUCAUUUCUCUCUCUCCAGCUCAGUCUGUUCAUUUCUCUCUCUCCAGCUCAGUCUGUUCAUUUCUCUCUCUCCAGCUCAGUCUGUUCAUUUCUCUCUCUCUUUCUCCAGCUGUCUGUUCAUUUCUCUCUCUCUUUCUCCAGCUCAGUCUAUUCAUUUCUCUCUCUCUUUCUCCAGCUCAGUCUAUUCAUUUCUCUCUCCAGCUCAGUCUAUUCAUUUCUCUCUCUCUCUCUCCAGCUCAGUCUAUUCAUUUCUCUCUCUCUCUCUCCAGCUCAGUCUAUUCAUUUCUCUCUCUCUCUCUCCAGCUCAGUCUAUUCAUUUCUCUCUCUCUCCAGCUCAGUCUAUUCAUUUCUCUCUCUCUCUCUCCAGCUCAGUCUAUUCAUUUCUCUCUCUCUCUCCAGCUCAGUCUAUUCAUUUCUCUCUCUCUCUCUCCAGCUCAGUCUAUUCAUUUCUCUCUCUCUCUCUAUCUCUCUCAGUCUAUUCAUUUCUCUCUAUCUCUCCAGCUCAGUCUAUUUCAUUUUUCUCUCUCUCUCUCUCCAGCUCAGUCUCAUUUCUAUCUUCCAUUUCUAUUCAUCUCUCUCUCUCCUCUCAGUCUAUUCAUCUGUUCUUCUUUAUCUCUCUCUCCAGCUCAGUCUGUUCAUCCAGCUCUCAUCUCUCUCUCUCCAGCUCAGUCUAUUCAUUUCUCUCUCUCUCUCUCCAGCUCAGUCUAUUCAUUUCUCUCUCUCUCUCUCCAGCUCAGUCUGUUCAUUUAUCUCUCUCUCCAGCUCAGUCUGUUCAUUUAUCUCUCUCUCCAGCUCAGUCUGUUCAUUUCUCUCUCUGUUCUGUUCAUCUUUCUAUCUAUCUCUCUCCAGCUCAGUCUGUUCAUUUUUCUCUCUCUCUCUCUCAUCCAGCUCAGUCUGUUCUCUUUCUCUCUCUCUCUCCAGCUCAGUCUAUUCAUCUUCUCUCCAUCUAUCCAUCUCCAUCUCAGUCUGUUCUGUUUUCUCUCUCUCUAUCCAGCUCUUCCAGUCUGUUCAUUUCUCUCUAUCUCUCUCCAGCUCAGUCUGUUCAUUUUCAUCCAUCUCUCCAGCUCAGUCUGUUCAUUUCUCUCUCUAUCUCAUCAGUUCUGUUCAUUCUCUCUCUCUCUCUCUCCAGCUCAGUCUGUUCAUUUUCUCUCUCCUCUCAGUCUGUUCAUCUCUCUGUUCAUCUCUCAGUCUGUUCAUUUCUAUCUAUCCAUCUCAUGUUCAUUUCUCUCUCUCCAGCUCAGUCUGUUCAUUAUCUCUCUAUCUAUCUCCAUCUCAGUCUGUUCAUCUUCUAUCUAUCUAUCUCCAGCUCAGUCUCAUUUCAUUUAUCUAUCUAUUCAUUUCUCUCUCUCCAGCUCAGUCUGUUCAUUUCUCUCUCUAUCCAGCUCAGUCUGUUCAUAUUCUCUCUCUCUGUUCAUCUAUCUAUCUGUUCAUCUCUCUCAUCUAUCCAUCUCAGUCUGUUCAGUCUGUUCAUUUCUCUCUCUCUCUCAUCUCAGUCUGUUCAUUUCAGUCUCUCCAGCUCAGUCUGUUCAACAUCUCUCUCCAGCUCAGUCUGUUCAUUAUCUAUCCAGCUCAGUCUGUUCAUUUUCUCUCUCCAGCUCAGUCUGUUCAUUUUUCUAUCCAUCUCCAUUCUCAGUCUGUUCAUUCUCUCUCUCCAUCUCAGUCUGUUCAUUUAUCUCUCUCUCUCUCAGUCUAUUCAUUCAUUUCUAUCUAUCUAUCUUUUCUCUCUCAGCUCAGUCUAUUCAUUUCUCUCUCUCCAGCUCAGUCUGUUCAUUUCUCUCUCUCUCUCCAGCUCAGUCUGUUCUCUCUCUCCAGCUCAGUCUAUUCAUUUCUAUCUCUCUCCAGCUCAGUCUAUUCAUCUCUCUAUCUCCAGCUCAGUCUGUUCAUUUAUCUCUCUCUCAGUCUAUCUCAUUUCUCUCUCUCAGUCUGUUCAUUUCUAUCUCUUUCAGCUUUCAGUCUGUUCAUUUCUCUCUUCUCUAUCUAUCAGUCUGUUCAUUUCUCUAUCAUUCAUCUCAUUUCUAUCUCCAGCUCAGUCUGUUCAUUUUUCUCUCUCUCCAUUUCAGUCUGUUCAUUAUCUCUCUCUCUCAGUCUGUUCAUUUCUCUCUCUCUCUCUCCAACUCAGUCUGUUCAUUUCUCUCUCUCUCUCUCCAGCUCAGUCUGUUCAUUUCUCUCUCUCUCUCUCCAUCUCAGUCUGUUCAUUUCUCUCUCUCUCUCUCCAUCUCAGUCUGUUCAUUUCUCUCUCUCUCUCUCUCCAUCUCAGUCUGUUCAUUUCUCUCUCUCCAGCUCAGUCUGUUCUCUCAUCUCAGUCUUCAUUUCUUUCAUUUCUCUCUCUCUCCAUCUCAGUCAGUCUAGUCCAUUCAUUUCUCUCUCUCUUUCUCCAGCUCAGUCUGUUCAUUUCUCUCUCUCUCCAGCUCAGUCUGUUCAUUUCUCUCUCUCUCUCUCCAGCUCAGUCUGUUCAUUUCUCUCUCUCUCCAGCUCAGUCUGUUCAUUUCUCUCUCUCUCUAUCUAUUCAUCUAUCUCUCUCUCUCCAGCUCAGUCUGUUCAUUUAUCUCUCUCUCCAUUUCAGUCUGUUCAUUAUCUAUCUAUCUCUCUAUCUCCAGCUCAGUCUAUUCAUUUCUCUCUCUCUCUCCAUCUAUCUAUUUAUCUCUCAGCUCAGUCUGUUCAUUUCUCUCUCUCUCUCUCCAGCUCAGUCUGUUCAUUUCUCUCUCUCUCUCUCCAGCUCAGUCUGUUCAUUUCUCUCUCUCUCUCUCCAUCUCAGUCUGUUCAUUUCUCUCUCUAUCUCAGUCUGUUCAUCUAUCUAUCUCAUCUAUCUCUCCAGCUCAGUCUGUUCAUUCAUCUAUCUCCAGCUCAGUCUGUUCAUUUCUAUCUAUCUCCAGCUCAGUCUGUUCAUUAUUCAUCUCUCCAGCUCAGUCUGUUCAUUUCUCUCUCUAUCUAUCUCAGUCUGUUCAUUUCUCUCUCUCUCCAGUCUGUUCAUUUCUCUCUCUCCAUCUCAGUCUGUUCAUUUCUCUCUCUCUCUCUCCAGCUCAGUCUGUUCAUUUCUCUCUCUCCAGCUCAGUCUGUUCAUUUCUCUCUAUCUAUCUAUUUCAGUCUGUUCAUUUCUAUCUAUCUAUCAUCUAUUUCAUUAUUUCAUCUAUCUAUCUAUCUAUCAUUAUCUCUCUCAGUUCAUACCAUUUCUAUCUAUCUCCAUCUCAUUCAGUCAUUUCAUUCUCCAUCUAUCUAUCUAUCUAUCUCCAGCUCAGUCUAUUUCAUUUCUAUCUCUCUCUCUCAGUCAGUCUAUUCAUCUAUCUCCAGCUCAGUCUGUUCAUUAUCGCAUCUAUCUAUCUAUUAUUCAGUCUGUUCAUUUCUCUCUAUCCAGCUCAGUCUGUUCAUUAUCUAUCUAUCUAUCCUAUCUCAGUCUGUUCAUUUCCAUCUAUCUAUCUAUUUCAGUCAUAUCAUCUAUCUAUCUAUCGCAUCUAUCUAUUUCAGUCUGUUGUUUAUCUAUCUAUCUAUCUAUCUAUUUCAAGUCUGUUAUCAUCUAUCUAUCUAUCUAUCUAUCUAUUUCAGUCUGUUCAUUAUCAUCUAUCUAUCAUCUAUUUCAGUCUGUUAACAUCUAUCUCUAUCUAUCUAUCUAUUCAUCUGUUCUCAUUAUCUAUCUAUCUAUCAAUCUAUUUAGUCUGUCAUCUAUCUAUCUAUCUAUCAAAUAUUCGUCUAUCUAUCUAUUCAUCAUCAUCUAUCUAUCUAUCUAUCUAUUCAUCUGUCUAUUAUCUAUCUAUCUAUCUAUCUAUUAUCAGUCUGUUAUCAUUAUCUAUCUAUCUAUCUAUUUCAGUCUGUUCAUCUAUCUAUCUAUCUAUCUAUCUAUUUCAGUCUGUUCAUUCAUCUAUCUAUCUAUCUAUCUAUCUAUUUCAGUCUGUUCAUCUAUCUAUCUAUCUAUCUAUCUAUCUAUGAAUCUAUUUCAGUCUGUUCUCAUCUAUCUAUCUUUGGUCUAUUCAGUCUGUUCUAUCUAUCUAUCUAUCUAUCUAUUUCAGUCUAUUUCAUCUAUCUAUCUAUCUCAUUAUUUCAGUCUGUAUCAUUAUCUAUCUAUCUAUCUAUCUAUUUCUAUCUGUUCUAUUAUCUAUCAUAUCUAUCUAUCUAUCUAUCUAUUUCAGUCUGUUAUUCAUCUAUCUAUCUAUCUAUCUAUCUAUUUCAGUCUGUUAUCAUCUAUCUAUCUAUCUAUCUAUCUAUUUCAGUCUAUUUCAUAUCUAUCUAUCUAUCUAUUCAUCUAUUUCAUCUAUCUUCUAUUAUCUAUCUAUCUAUCUAUCUAUCUAUCUUUCAGUCUGUUCAUUAUCUAUCUAUCUAUCUAUCUAUUUCAGUCUGUUUCAUCUAUCUAUCUAUCUAUCUAUUUCAGUCUGUUAUCAUCUAUCUAUCUAUCUAUUUCAGUCUGUUAUCAUCUAUCUAUCUAUCUAUCUAUCUAUCUAUUUCAGUCUGUUAUCAUCUAUCUAUCUAUCUAUCUAUCUAUUUCAGUCUGUUAUCAUCUAUCUAUCUAUCUAUCUAUCUAUUUCAGUCUGUUAUCAUCUAUCUAUCUAUCUAUCUAUCUAUUUCAGUCUGUUAUCAUCUAUCUAUCUAUCUAUCUAUUUAUCUAUUAUCUAUCUAUCUAUCUAUUUCAGUCUAUCUAUCUAUCUAUCUAUCUAUCUAUCUAUCUAUUAUCAGUCUCUAUCUAUCUAUCUAUCUAUCUAUCUAUUUCAGUCUUUUAUCAUCUAUCUAUCUAUCUAUCUAUCUAUCUAUUUCAGUCUGUUUCAUCUAUCUAUCUAUCUAUCUAUUUCAGUCUGUUAUUAUCUAUCUAUCUAUCUAUCUAUCUAUUUCAGUCUAUCUAUCAUCUAUCUAUCUAUCUAUCUAUUUCAGUCUAUUAUCAUCUAUCUAUCUAUCUAUCUAUCUAUUUCAGUCUGUUAUCAUCUAUCUAUCUAUCUAUCUAUCUAUUUCUAUCUGUUAUCAUCUAUCUAUCUAUCUAUCUAUCUAUUUCAGUCUGUUAUCAUUAUCUAUCUAUCUAUCUAUCUAUUUCAGUCUGUCUAUCUAUCUAUCUAUCUAUCUAUUUCUAUCUAUCUAUCUAUCUAUCUGUCUAUUAUCUAUCUAUCUAUCUAUCUAUCUAUCUAUUUCAGUCUGUUCAUCAUCUAUCUAUCUAUCUAUCUAUCUAUUUCUAUCUAUUAUCUAUCUAUCUGUCUAUCUAUCUAUCUAUUUCAGUCUAUUAUCUAUCUAUCUAUCUAUCUAUCUAUCUAUCUAUUUCAGUCUGUUCAUCAUCUAUCUAUCUAUCUAUCUUUUCAGUCUGUUCAUCAUCUAUCUAUCUAUCUAUCUUCAUCUAUCUCAUCUAUCUAUCUAUCUAUCUAUCUAUUUCAGUCAGUUUGUAUCAUCUAUCUAUCUAUCUAUUAUUUCAUCUGUUAUUCUAUCUAUCUAUCUAUCUAUUUCAGUCUGUUAUCAUCUAUCUGUCUAUCUAUCUAUUUCAGUCUGUUAUCAUCUAUCUAUCUAUCUAUCUAUUUCAGUCUGUUAUCAUCUAUCUAUCUAUCUAUCUAUCUAUUUCAGUCUGUUAUCAUCUAUCUAUCUAUCUAUCUAUUUCAGUCUGUUAUCAUCUAUCUAUCUAUCUAUAUCUAUUUCAGUCUGUUCAUCUAUCUAUCUAUCUAUAUCUAUUUCAGUCUGUUCAUCAUCUAUCUAUCUAUCUAUCUAUCUAUUUCAGUCAUUAUCAUCUAUCUAUCUAUCUAUCUAUCUAUUUAUCUGUUAUCAUCUAUCUAUCUAUCUAUCUAUCUAUUAUCUAUCUAUUUCAUCUAUCUAUCUAUUUCAUCUAUUCUAUCUAUCUAUCUAUCUAUCUAUUUCAGUCUGUUUCAUCUAUCUAUCUAUCUAUCUAUCCAGUCAGUCUUUUAUCAUCUAUCUAUCUAUCUAUCUCAUCUGUUUUCAUCUAUCUGUUCAUCUAUCUAUCUGUUAUUAUCUAUCUAUCUAUCUGUUUCAUAUUCUAUCUAUCUAUUAUCUAUCUAUCUAUCUAUCUUUCAGUCAUCUAUUCAUCUAUCUAUCUAUCUAUCUAUCUAUUUCAGUCUGUUAUCAUCUAUCUAUCUAUCUAUCUAUCUAUUUCAGUCUGUUAUCAUCUAUCUAUCUAUCUAUCUAUCUAUUUCAGUCUGUUAUCAUCUAUCUAUCUAUCUAUCUAUCUAUUUCAGUCUGUUAUCAUCUAUCUAUCUAUCUAUCUAUUUCAGUCUGUUAUCAUCUAUCUAUCUAUCUAUCUAUCUAUUUCAGUCUGUUAUCAUCUAUCUAUCUAUCUAUCUAUCUAUUUCAGUCUGUUAUCAUCUAUCUAUCUAUCUAUCUAUUCAUCUAUUUCAGUCUGUUAUAUCAUCUAUCUAUCUAUCUAUCUAUCUAUUUCAGUCUGUUCAUCUAUCUAUCUAUCCUAUCUAUCUAUCUAUUUCAGUCUAUUUAUCAUUAUUAUCUAUCUAUCUAUCUAUCUUUCAGUCUGUUUCAUCAUCUAUCUAUCUAUCUAUCUAUCUAUUUCAGUCUGUUAUCAUCUAUCUAUCUAUCUAUUAUCUAUUUCAUCAUAUUUAUCAUUUAUCUAUUUCAUCAUAUCUAUCUAUCUAUCUAUUUCAGUCUGUUUCAUCUAUCUAUCUAUCUAUCUAUCUAUCUAUCUAUCUAUCUAUCAUCUAUCUAUCUAUCUAUCUAUCUAUUUCAGUCUGUUAUCUAUCUAUCUAUCUAUCUAUCUAUCUAUCUAUUUCAUCCAUCUAUCUAUCUAUCUAUCUAUCUAUUUCAGUCUGUUAUCAUCUAUCUAUCUAUCUAUCUAUUCAUUUAUCAUCAUCUAUCUAUCUAUCUAUCUAUUUCAGUCUGUUCAUCAUCUAUCUAUCUAUCUAUCUAUCUAUUUCAGUCUGUUAUCAUCUAUCUAUCUAUCUAUCUAUUUCAGUCUGUUAUCUAUCAUCUAUCUAUCUAUCUAUCUAUCUAUCUAUUUCAGUCUGUUAUCAUCAUCUAUCUAUCUAUCUAUCUAUCUAUUUCAGUCUGUUAUCAUCUAUCUAUCUAUCUAUCUAUCUAUCUAUCUAUUUCAGUCUGUUAUCAUCUAUCUAUCUAUCUAUCUAUUUCAGUCUGUUAUCAUCUAUCUAUCUAUCUAUCUAUCUAUUUCAGUCUGUUAUCAUCUAUCUAUCUAUCUAUCAUCUAUCUAUAUUUAUCUAUUUCAGUCUGUUAUCAUCUAUCUAUCUAUCUAUUUCAGUCUGUUAUCAUCUAUCUAUCUAUCUAUCUAUCUAUUUCAGUCUGUUAUCAUCUAUCUAUCUAUCUAUUUCAGUCUGUUAUCAUCUAUCUAUCUAUCUAUCUAUCUAUCUAUCUAUCUAUUUCAGUCUGUUAUCAUCUAUCUAUCUAUCUAUCUAUUUCAGUCUCAUCAUCUAUCUAUCUAUCUAUCUAUUUCAGUCUGUUCAUUAUCUAUCUAUCUAUCUAUCUAUCUAUUUCAGUCUGUUAUCAUCUAUCUAUCUAUCUAUUUCAGUCUAUUUAUCAUCUAUCUAUCUAUCUAUCUAUCUAUUUCAGUCUAUUUCAGUCAUUAUCUAUCUAUCUAUCUAUCUAUCUAUCUAUUUCAGUCUAUCAUCAUCUAUCUAUCUAUCUAUCUAUUUCAGUCUGUUAUCAUCUAUCUAUCUAUCUAUCUAUCUAUUUCAGUCUGUUCAUUAUCUAUCUAUCUAUCUAUUUCAGUCUGUUCUCAUCUAUCUAUCUAUCUAUCUAUUUUAUCAUCUGUUCAUUAUUUAUCUAUCUAUCUAUCUAUCUAUUUCAGUCUGUUAUUAUCUAUCUAUCUAUCUAUCUAUUUCAGUCUGUUAUUAUCUAUCUAUCUAUCUAUUUCUAUCUAUUAUCAGUCUGUUAUCUAUCUAUCUAUCUAUCUAUCUAUCUAUUUCAGUCUAUCUCAUCUAUCUAUCUAUCUAUCUAUCUAUUUCAGUCUGUUAUCAUCUAUCUAUCUAUCUAUCUAUCUAUUUCAGUCUGUUAUCAUCUAUCUAUCUAUCUAUCUAUUUCAGUCUGUUAUCAUCUAUCUAUCUAUCUAUCUAUCAUCUAUUUCAGUCUGUCUAUUAUCUAUCUAUCUAUCUAUCUAUCUAUUUCAGUCUUAUCAUCUAUCUAUCUAUCUAUCUAUCUAUUUCAGUCUGUUCAUCAUAUCUAUCUAUCUAUCUAUCUAUCUAUUUAGUCUAUUAUCAUCUAUCUAUCUAUCUAUCUAUCUAUUUCAGUCUGUUAUUAUCUAUCUAUCUAUCUAUCUAUCUAUUUUCAGUCUGUUAUCAUAUCUAUCUAUCUAUCUAUCUAUCUAUUUCAGUCUGUUUCAUCUAUCUAUCUAUCUAUCUAUCUAUCUAUUUAGUCUAUUUCAUCUAUCUAUCUAUCUAUCUAUCUAUUUCAGUCUGUUAUCAUCUAUCUAUCUAUCUAUCUGUCUAUUUCAGUAUCUAUCUAUCUAUCUAUCUAUCUAUAUCUAUCUAUUUCAGUCUGUUAUCUAUCUAUCUCAUCUGUUAUCUAUCUAUCUAUCUAUCUAUUUCAGUCUGUUCAUCAUCUAUCUAUCUAUCUAUCUAUCUAUCUAUUUCAGUCUGUUAUCAUCUAUCUAUCUAUCUAUCUAUCUAUCUAUUUCAGUCUGUUCAUCUAUCUAUCUAUCUAUCUAUCUAUCUAUUUCAGUCUGUUAUCAUCUAUCUCAUCUAUCUAUCUAUCUAUUUCAGUCUGUUAUCAUCUAUCUAUCUAUCUAUCUAUCUAUUUCAGUCUAUCUAUUAUCAUCUAUCUAUCUAUCUAUCUAUCUAUCUAUUUCAGUCUGUUUCAUCUAUCUAUCUAUCUAUCUAUUUAGUCUGUUCAUUAUCUAUCUAUCUAUCUAUCUAUCAGUCUGUUUCAUCUAUCUAUCUAUCUAUCUAUUUCAGUCUAUCAUAUCUAUCUAUCUAUCUAUCUAUUCAGUCUGUUAUCAUCUAUCUAUCUAUCUAUCUAUCUAUCUAUCUAUCUCUCUCAGUCUGUUUCAUUAUCUAUCUAUCUAUCUAUCUAUCUCAUUUCAUCUAUCUAUCUAUCUAUCUAUCUGUCUAUUAUCUAUCUAUUUCAGUCUGUUUCAUCUAUCUAUCUAUCUAUCUAUCUAUUUCAGUCUGUUAUCAUCUAUCUAUCUAUCUAUCUAUCUAUUUCAGUCUGUUAUCAUCUAUCUAUCUAUCUAUCUAUUUCAGUCUGUUAUCAUCUAUCUAUCUAUCUAUCUAUCUAUUUCAGUCUGUUAUCAUCUAUCUAUCUAUCUAUCUAUCUAUCUAUUUCAGUCUGUUAUCAUCUAUCUAUCUAUCUAUCUAUUUCAGUCUGUUAUCAUCUAUCUAUCUAUCUAUUAUCUAUUUCAUCUAUUAUCAUCUAUCUAUCUAUUUCAGUCUAUUUCAUCAUCUAUCUAUCCAUCUAUCUAUCUAUCUAUCUAUUUCAGUCUGUUCUCAUCUAUCUAUCUAUCUAUCUAUUUCAGUCUGUUAUCAUCUAUCUAUCUAUCUUUCAGUCUAUUUCUCUCAUUAUCAUCUAUCUAUCUAUCUAUCUAUCUAUUUCUAUCUAUCUAUCAUCUAUCUA